GUCCCAGGUUUCGAUACUCCCAGAACUCUCUUCUUCCCCUUUCUCUCUCUUUUCCAUCGGUUCAUAUUCAAAUUUAUUCCUCUCUCCAAUCCAUCUUCUUCUUCCUCUCUAUAACACAUCUGCAACUCUCUUCUUCAUCCUCCACAACCACAUGGCGGAGCAGUACUCCCAGCAAGCCUACGCGGCGUCGCCGCCGGAGCAGCUGGCGGCGUUCUGGGCGGAGCAGAUGCAGGAGGCGGAGCAGGCCCGGGAGUUCAAGAACCAGAGCCUCCCCCUGGCCCGGAUCAAGAAGAUCAUGAAGGCUGACGAGGACGUACGGAUGAUCUCGGCGGAGGCCCCCGUGGUCUUCGCCAAGGCCUGCGAGAUGUUCAUCCUGGAGCUGACCCUCAGGUCCUGGAUCCACACCGAGGAGAACAAGCGCCGUACGCUCCAGAAGAACGACAUCGCCGCCGCCAUCGCCCGCACCGACGUCUUCGACUUCCUCGUCGACAUUAUUCCCCGGGACGACGACGCCACCUCCGCCAGGUCCGGGACCACCGGGGCCGGGAUCCCCUUGCCCUCCGCCGCAGCCGACGCUAUCUCUAGUUACUAUUAUGCGCCUCCUGCGGCGGCUCCGCCGCCGCCCCCUAUGCCUUUCAUGUGGCCGCCGCGCCACCACCAGAGUGAAUCGUGAUUCAUUGAUUAAUUGAUUGAUUGGGUUUUAAUUUGCGAUGCUGCUCCGGGUGGGGGCACAACUGUCAUUUCGUUCUUUUGUGCCGUGCUAAUGUUUCCUUGGCUAUAUUAUUAUUAUAUAGUCCAAAUAAAUUUCAUAAUGGAUGCGUUUAGUUUUGAUUUUUCA